CUCAAAAUAUCAGCCAUCUCUAGCCAGUUAGAAGAAAAUUGUACAAUUCCAAAAUUUAAAAAGCAAAUCUGUUCGCAUCUAUUCGGAUCUUCGGCGGUCGUCGCAUGCAAGUUAAUGGCGAAGAUUGCUGAGCAGAAACAUGGCGGUUUAUGCCUAGUCCUUUUCUCUCUGCAGUUUCUAUUCUGGCUAGCGAAAGGCGAUGUUUAUAUGCACAACCCAAGAGGUUCAAAUAACCGAUUAAACGAACAAAAUAACAACAGAAACAACGCUAACAGACUCUUUGAUUCACAGAAUAACAACAGAGGUGGUUACAAUGUCGGAAACAAAUACCAAAGUGACCGUAACACUCAAUACGAAAUGGAAUACUUCAUGAGUGGCCCGAAAGGGCAGUCAAGUGACAAUGAAGGGAAAUCAUAUCUGACCGUGGAAUGGACGAAUCAACACGGCUGUGGUGAUAACGAUCUCAACUGUAACAUCGUUUUGCAAUACAAGUGUCAGCCACAAAAUACGCCAUCAGCUUUUAAACUAAGAAAUGGUUAUAACACGCAGUCGCAGUCAGAAAAUGGCGCCAGCUACCACCUUGGGUUGCAUGAGCGUUACGAAUGGUACAAAGAAUGUAAAACAAGGCAACGCAACAAAGGGUUGUUUCUCGCGGAUCAAAAUCCACGUGGAGACACGAGUAUUUACACACGACAAAAUCCGGGUGGUACUCGAAGCGGCUACGAAUGCCCCGAAGAACGGGAUUACUAUCCGUACUGGCACCCGACUCCCUGGAAGGAUGAGGCUAUUUACGUGAAAAGACAAGAAGACUGCAGUUUUUACGAAAGGGAAAGCUUCAACGAAAGACUACGAGGAAAAUGUACAGGAAAGCCGCAUUCCAGGAUAAAAUACGAUGAACACAACAACGCAUUUGCUUGUAGCCAAGGCGGUGGAAAGUGGUUGGAGUACAGUAAUUUCUUGGAAAUAUUGCCGAAUAUUAGAACGGAAGGAGAAUGCAAAUCUUAUGACCGUGGCAACCCAAAUAUUCGUACUCGAUGGGCAAUCCCUUACUUUCCGGGCGAUAUAAAACAUAAAAACUUCGAUGCGGACAAACAGCUGACCACGCUAAAAGCUGUGUGGAACAGUAAAGCGUCAUGUGUACAACGAAGAGGACGAGCUGGAAGGGUUCAAGAAGGAGUCUGUUUUUAUCUCUUUACGGAAUACCAUUUUGAAGAAAUGGCAGAGUAUCAACAGCCAGAAAUUCUUCGCACCCCCCUGGAAGAAGUUUGUUUGCAAGUUAAAAGCUUGAAGUUGGGAAUGGUACAGCCUUUCUUAAGUAAAGCUUUAGAACCACCAGCCAUUGGAACCAUACAACAAGCUAUCGCCACUUUAAUGCAACUGGACGCGUUUGACUCCAAUGAGAACCUCACUCCACUUGGCCAUCAUUUAGCCCGCCUGCCCGUCCACCCGCGGAUUGGGAAAAUCAUUCUGUUUGGCGCCAUCAUGUCGUGCUUGGACCCAGUUCUAACCAUUGCGUCGAGCAUGGGAUAUCGCGAUCCUUAUGUCGUCCCUUUGAACAUGGAAAGACAAGCCGAUGAAAGUCGUCGCAGAUUCUCCCAAGGAACUCAAAGUGAUCAUUUAGCUUUAUACGAAGCUUUCAAUCAAUGGGAAUCUGCGAGCUCACAUGGAAAUGCUUAUCAAUUUUGCUGGGACAAUUUCCUUUCUCAUUCAAUCUUACUGUCAAUCAAGAAUAUGAAAACACAGUUUGCUGAACAUCUUUGCUCAAUUGGUUUCAUCUCAACGGCUGAACCCAAUCAAGAGAAAGCAAAUUACAAUUCUAACAACAAAUCCCUAAUCAAAGCUGUUCUAUGCGCUGGUUUUUAUCCAAACGUUAUUUCCGUUUACCAGCCGAGGUAAGUCAAAGAAUAUUAAGAUACUGCUGUCUGUUUGUUUACAUUUUGUUCUGGCUGUAUACAUAACCCGGCAAGU